AUGGAAACUAUCGUUGACUAUGAACAAUUAUUAGAUGAAAAUGCACGUGAAUCAUUAAAAUUUGGUUUUAAAAAAAUGGCGAAGAAAAACGAUUUUAUCCGAAUUGAAGAAAUAGGUGAUGCCUUCCGACAUUCAGGUCAAAAUCCAUCAACCGAUGUCGUCAAAGAUAUGAUCGAUAAGGCAAAAACCUUAAAAGCUCCUUCCGAUUCUUUUUCAGAACCAGAUGAUAAACUAUCAUUAGCUGAUUUCUUAACGGUUGUUCAUGAAUACUGGUAUCCGAUUGACGAAGAUAAAAAAAUAUUAGAAGAAGCAUUUGAUGUAUUAGAUCCAGAACGAAAAAGUAAAUUAUUUGUAGAUGAUUUCAGAACAUUAUUAAAAAAUUCUGAUUGGGCAGAUGAAGAAAUUGAUUUAAUUUUAUCAACAGUUAGUUGUGCAGAUGGAUUUUUUCUCUAUGAUGAUUUGAUGAAAUUGUUGUUAAGUCCUGUUGAAUUAGCGAAAAAAAAAUCGGCAAAAGGUAGUGGCAAAGAAAAGAAAAAAGCUUAA